GGUCGUCGCGUGGACGCCGGUAUAAAACCUGGUCGCCAGGUGAGCACAAAGUCUCCGUUUAAAGAGGAUUUGGUGAGAGAGGCGCGAGGAGGAGCAGCAGAGAUGUAUCGAUUUAAUAAAACCCACAUGAACCAUCCCAUGUACUUCCCCUGCAUGGGAACAGCUCCUUUCUUUAAGGUGACUGUGUUUGAGCGGGAGUUCUUCCAGGGCAGGUGUAUGGAGUUCACCUCUGAGUGCUGUAACAUCUAUGACUGCGGCCUGGACAACAUCCGCUCCAUCCGAGUGGAGAGUGGAGCUUGGGUGGGAUUCGAGCACCAUGACUUCCAGGGCCAGCAGUUCAUCCUGGAGAGGGGCGAGUACCCCAACUGGGAGGCGUACAGCGGCGCCCUGUCCUACCACAACGAGCGCUUCAUGUCCUUCCGCCCGAUCUACUGCGCCUCUCACGAGAGCAGCAGGAUGAGGAUCUUUGAGAGGGAGAACUUCAUGGGCCAGAACACGGAGCUGUGUGACGACUACCCGUCCCUGCAGGCCAUGGGCUGGUUCAGGCCCGAGGUCGGCUCCAUGCACGUGCAGUGUGGAGCCUUCGUGUGCUAUGAGUACCCCGGCUACCGAGGCCAGCAGUACAUCAUGGAGUGUGAGAGACACAGUGGAGACUACCAGCACUGGAGGAACUGGGGCUCCCACUGCCAGACCCCAAAGAUCCAGUCCAUCAGACGCAUCAGGCACUGAGAGGGACCGGAUCAGACCUGGCAACAGGGACGGCUCAGGCUAACUCCUGGAGGCUGAGCUUCAGGGACCUGGAUAUGACUUUGGGCCAGAAGUCUGGACUUCAGGUUCUGAGUUCAGGACCGCAACUACAACACAAAAAACCAUCAUGAUGAGAUGUAGCAGCUACCUCUUUAUCUCAGCUCAUAUUCAUAUUUCUGUUCAUGCUCAAUAUGUUUAGUGAGAGUAAAAUAAAGCUCAUAUUGAGAAAACUGACAA